GACGGCGGACGAGGUCGAGCCGCUCCCUCCCGCCGGCUAUGACUUCACCCUCCGUCAGCCGCAGCCCCCACUGGAACAGCCUUCUGCCCCGGGAGCGGACGGACGCGCGAGGCGCGUGGCCCCGGCUGCCUCCACGGAGCCCGCGCUUGGUAAGGACAGGCCGGUCCGCGGAUGGACGGAGGGCUUCGCUUCCGUCGGGUCGGUCGGUGGGUGGACGGAGAGCGGAGCAUCUGGGGCGCCCUGGCCUGGAGGGUGAAGAGAGCCUCGGCCUCUACUAGCUCGAUGCGCACCUGCACCCGACCGGCUAAGCUAGGCUGAGCUCGACUGGUCGGGCCGUAUUCGAAAUCGCCAGCCCUUCCUAACUAGGCCCAGCGCUUUUCUUAUGAGCAAUAUAGAAGAGGGGAAGGAAGGGCAUAUGGAGAGAAAGCCAAGAAAAUACCUAGGAAAUAACGGGAACUCUCUAAAGGCCAGAAAGGCUUCACCAAGCAUGGACCUCAAACUACCAAUGUGAAGUUCACAAUUUUGAAGUGGCAGGACAGCAGAGGGUUACUUUCUGUGAUGAUGAACCUGACGGAGUGGGCUGAAACGAAGUGGACAGAUCGCUCAAAUUCCUCAGCACAACUGCCUCCACCAUCUUGGGGCAGCAAUGACUCCUUUUCUUUCCAAGGAGAUCUCCAGGAGAUAAUUCACACAGCCACUUUAGUUACAUGUACCUUCCUACUGGCUGUCAUUUUCUGCUUGGGUUCUUAUGGCAACCUUAUUGUUUUUUUGUCCUUCUUUGACCCAGCUUUCCGGAAGUUCAGGACCAACUUUGAUUUCAUGAUCCUCAAUUUGUCCUUCUGUGACCUCUUUAUCUGUGGAGUGACUGCCCCCAUGUUCACCUUUGCUCUCUUUUUGGAUUCUGCAGCUGGUAUCCCUGAUGCUUUCUGCUUUACCUUCCACCUUACCAGUUCUGGGUUUAUCAUCAUGUCCCUCAAGACAGUGGCUGUUAUUGCCCUUCACCGAUUAAGCAUGGUGUUAGGGAAGCAGCCUAAUCGGACUGCCUCUUUCCCUUGCACUCUCUUGCUCACCCUGCUCCUCUGGGCCACAAGCUUUACUCUGGCCACUCUGGCCACCAUGAGGACCCACAAAUCUCGCCUUUGCCUUCCCAUUUCCAGCCUGGUCAGUGGUGAGGGAAAGAUCAUCCCUUACUUGUAUGUUAUUGACUUCAUAUGCUGUGUGACAGUGGUUUCAGUCUCUUACAUCAUGAUAGCCCAAGCCCUGAGGAAAAAUGCCCAAGUAAGGAAAUGUCCUCCCAUCAUCACAGUCGAUGCCUCAAGGCCUCAGCCUUUUGCUGGAUCGCUUGCUACUGGAUGUGCUGAUGGGGUACAGUGCACUGUGCCAGCUCUGUAUAGAAACCAAAACUAUAACAAGCUGCAACACAUCCAAACACAUGCAUACAUGAAGAACUUUGGCCAACUGUCUGCAUCUGCUGCCAGCAGAUUCCAGUUGGUGUCCAUGAUUAACUUGUCCACGGCCAAGGACUCUAAAGCUGUGGUGACUUGCAUUAUUAUCGUUCUUUCUGUUUUAGUUUGUUGCCUUCCAUUGGGCAUAUCUUUGAUACAGGAUGUUUCAUCCAAGAACAGUGGCAUUGUGCUUUAUCAAUUUGAACUAUGGCUUUAUCAAUUUGAACUAUGUGGAUUUGCACUUUUUUUUUUAAAGUCUGGAUUGAACCCUUUUAUAUAUUCUCGUAACAGUGCUGGCUUAAGGAGGAGGGUCCUUUGGUGCAUGCAGUACUUAGCUUUUGUUUUUUUCUGCUGUAAGCAGAAAACACGGCUUCAAGCUGUGGGCAAAGGGAGUCUGGAGGCCAACAGAAAUAAAUCAUCUCAUCAUGAGACCAACUCAGCUUAUAUGCUAUCUCCAAAGCCUCAGAAAAAGUUUGUGGACCAAGCGUGUGGCCCUAGUCGCUCUAAAGAAAGUGUGCUGAGCCCUAAAGUUUCUGUUGGCCAUCAGCAUUAUGGAGGAGGCCAGAGUAGUUCCACCCCCAUGAAUACCCGCAUUGAACCUUAUUAUAGCAUCUAUAACAGCUGCCCUUCUCAGGAAGUGAGCACUCCCAACAGCUUGCAGCCAACAAACUCUCCAUUCAGGUAUGCCAACUCCUACAUUGCCAUGCAUUAUCACACAACAAAUGACCUAGUGCGGGAUUAUGACAGUACUUCUGCUAAGCAGAUACCAGUGCCCUCGGUGUAGCUGGUGGGAGCCGGCAGUGUCCAAUGUUCUACCACAAUGGUGGCUACCCUUUUUUGGCAAGUUGUGCCAUGAGUCAUCCAGAGUAUGAUCUUGUGCCACUAUUGCAUGCGCAUGAAUGUUCAGCCCUUCCAUGCCUUGAGUUGGUUUCUCCUUCAGUCAGGCAGCAGCCAGGCUAGGAAAGAUAAUGCCUUAGCUAGUCUCCUAAGUUCUCCUGUUUGUGUCUUGCAAAUUACUAUUCCAUAUUCUGCCAUCUCACUAGCAGUGCUUCUCCUUUUUAAAUAGCCCAUUGUGGGUACAGUAUUAUAACCCCAGAAGUAUUUUUUCUGGACUCCAGCAAAGAUCAGUCUUUUCUCAAAAUGUCUGCUACCACAAAUCACCGGUGUUUUGUUGUUUUAUAACUGAAUCAGGUUUUGCUUUCUUGUUUAUAUGGUGCUUGAAAAUGUAUGUUUUAGCAAUGUUGCUUCUUAAAAGAUUUCUACUUUGAGUUCUGUCUAUUACUGAUUUAUUGCAGAACAUUUUUAGCAGCUGGCAAUUAUGGUAGUUAUGUACAAUGGUAAAAAGUAAGGAAAAACAUCUAGUACCAGGUUCAGGGUUGUGACUCCCUUUCAUGUUACUGACAUUUACUCAGCCUCUCACUUUUGAAAUAGUUUAAAAUGCAUAUUUAUCAUUUUUUUUCACUGAGGCUCAAAAAAACAAAUAAAAUUCUGUGACUGAGAAAAAAUAAUGUGUGGCAGUUGCUAUAUUCUCCCCCCUCUCCCCGGCUUUAUUGGAGAAUGAACUAAAAUAGAAACUUGAAGUUGUAUUUAACACUAAAGUGAUAGGAAAAACAAUUGAAAAAUAGUUUUUUAAAAAAUCAGAAGGGCAGUUAUCACUAGAGUGAUGCUUCGCGAUUCUGAGGACCCUGAUUUUUGUCUGCUGAUACUGGAUACUAAAAUAUUCCUUGCCAUUAAUAGUUAGAUAAUCUGCCAGGAUCUAAGGUGUUUAAAGUGAUUUCACUGAGCUGUCAAAGGACAUUGUAAUCUCCCACCUUCUAAUGUUACAAAACUAAUAUCUGUAAAGCUAACAAGUAUAAUGUCCUUUGUGCACUUGAUUAUGUUCUACAAUCUGCCAAAUUUCAAAUUGAGCCAACAGAUAUGCUGAAAAUUGAUACCUUAACACUUUUUGUUUCAAUUUUUGGACAAAACAUGUCAUAUUUUUGUCAAAUAGCAAUGAAAAAUAUUGAUGUAUUUUAUUCUGAUCUGUUGAAAAAGUGUGUCCUUCACUUAAUAUGCCACGUUCUAAGCUCUAAUUCCAAAAUUAUUGGGGAGCUAGGAGGGCAUGAAAAUGGCAGAUGUGACUGCGCAAUUAAAGCCCUGCCUCUUACACAUGACACCCAUAAAAAGGGUACAGCUGCCAUUUUGACUUUUUUGACAGUCCCAUGUGGACACACCUGAGAGUUACGUUUCUUCUGUUUUAUUAAUAUUUAAGAUGGCAUUUAUAAUGAGAGUUAUAUCAUGCACAUGCUCAAUUUCAUUCUGAAGCUUGAAAGCUACCACUACUCCACUCUUUGCUUGGGGAUUCAGUGUUGGAGAGGUAUGUGGAUCCUAGUCUAUCAUUUUGGAGUGUGAUUUCAAAAAAUAGCAUUACUGUAUAUAUUAUACAGUAUUGGUACACUAGCAUGGAUUAAUGGGUGGGUUUUAACCUUUCCUGUGCUUUCUCCACAAUGCUUGGGCGUAUUCUUUUUGACCCUGAGAAGCUGCCAUAGGAAGCACUGAGAAGUUUGAGAAGUGGAAACAUAAAAAGAGAAGGCCUGUAUGGAAAUGUACAGCACUAAUCCAGGGUAACAUAUUGAUGACACUGUGCCAAGCUGAGGCUAUAGUUGCAUUCUACCCUGUGGCUGAAUAGCAGCAACCUGGCCUGGAAUGAGACACUCCAUUCAUUGAUUGCUUCUGGAUAAUUUAAAUUGUAUUUUGUGUAAUCUGACUCUGACAAGGAUGUUAUAUUCAAAUUGCAACCUCUGUCUGCAGUCUACCCUCUUCAUUACAAACUGCAGGAAGGAAUUUCUAAUUACCUCCUCUACACCAUUCCUUUUUAUUGUAUUCAGCACAAAUAAGUUUUCUAAAUUGUGACAUUUGA